AUGGUACUGAUGAACCAGGUGUUCAGGAACAUGCAGCUGAUGGUACUGAUGUACCAGGUGUACCAGGAACAUGAGCUGAUGGUACUGAUGUACCAGGUGUUCAGGAACAUGCAGCUGAUGGUACUGAUGUACCAGGUGUUCAGGAACAUGCAGCUGAUGGUACUGAUGUACCAGGUGUUCAGGAACAUGCAGCUGAUGGUACUGAUGUACCAGGUGUUCAGCAACAUGCAGCUGAUGGUACUGAUGUACCAGGUGUUCAGCAACAUGCAGCUGAUGGUGUUCAGGAACAUGCAGCUGAUGGUACUGAUGUACCAGGUGUUCAGGAACAUGCAGCUGAUGGUACUGAUGUACCAGGUGUUCAGGAACAUGCAGCUGAUGGUACUGAUGUACCAGGUGUUCAGCAACAUGCAGCUGAUGGUACUGAUGUACCAGGUGUACCAGGAACAUGCAGCUGAUGGUGUUCAGGAACAUGAGCUGAUGGUACUGAUGUACCAGGUGUUCAGGAACAUGCAGCUGAUGGUACUGAUGUACCAGGUGUUCAGGAACAUGCAGCUGAUGGUACUGAUGUACCAGGUGUUCAGGAACAUGCAGCUGAUGGUACUGAUGUACCAGGUGUUCAGGAACAUGCAGCUGAUGGUACUGAUGUACCAGGUGUUCAGGAACAUGCAGCUGAUGAUGCGCCCUCCGCUCCUCUCCCCCGCCGUCUUAAACCAUAAACCCGACUCAGGGGCUGCGGCGGCGGGGCAGAGGAGCCGCAGGCCGCCCACCCCGCGCUCCAUCCAUCACGGAGCUGACGGCGGAGGCCCGGGCGGAGGUGGCUAA